CAUUUCCUUUAUUAAUAAAGUAACAUAUACGAUUAAUAUAUAUAUUUAAAAGUUUUAACAAAUACAUAUUUAUAACGCUGUAGGUUUAAGUUCAUCUUAAUGGUUGAUGUUGUUUUCAUUGUGAAUACGAAAUGACUUCAAAUGAACCACUACUUGUACAAGCUGUAUAUUCUUUUAAAGGAAAAAAUAAUGAUGAGUUGUGUUUGAAAAAGGGCGAUAUUGUGGUAGUGACACAAAAAGAAGAUGGUGGCUGGUGGGAAGGAACACUUAAAGAUAAGACUGGGUGGUUUCCAUCGAAUUAUGUACGAGAAUAUAAAUCUCAAGGAGAAAAUGUUACAAAUAAUAAAAUGUCAAACAUACCUGUGGAUUUGACUGAGCAACUAAGAGUUAAUCGUGCAGUGGUAGUCAUGGAUAUUGUAGAAUCUGAACGAGCACAUGUUACUGAAUUGAAAACACUUAUUCAAAGUUUUUUAAUGCCUUUGAAAAACUCAAACAUAAUGACUGUUGAUGAGUAUAAUCAAUUAGUAAAUAAUAUUGAAGAGGUGUCAAAAAUUCACGAAGAGCUUCUAGAAUCAUUAGAACAAGUGUCUGAACUACCACAAUCUGAUCAACGAAUAGGCAAAUUGUUUCUUAACAAAGCAUCUUUUAUUCGAUCUGUACAUUUACAAUAUUGCUCUUCGCAUCCACGUGCCGUUAAUAUAAUUGAAAAAUAUAAAGAUGAAUUAAAUCAAAUCAUGGAAACACAAGGUGCCGUUAGUCCAGGUAUUUUAGUAUUAACUGUAUCAUUAAGUAAACCAUUCCGAAGAUUAGACAAAUAUAGUGGGAUGUUACAAGAACUUGAAAGACACUUAGAAGAAAAUCAUAUUGACAGAGGAGACACACAACGAUCAGUUAGCAUUUAUAAAGAGAUUGCGGCUAUAUGUUUAUCAACCAGAAAACAAAAAGAAUUGGAAUUAUCAAUAUUAAGUGGAGUUGUACAAGGUUGGGAAGGUGCAGAUGCAUGUAGCUUAGGUGAUGUAAUAAAAAUUGGUUCUGUUGCCUUUGGUCCAGAACAUAAAGAUAGAUAUCUCAUGUUGUUUUCUACACAUCUUGUUAUUCUAUCUGUUUCCCAAAGGCUUAGUUCAUUUAUAUACGAAGGAAAACUUCCGUUAAGUGGAAUCAGUGUUAAGAAAUUAGAUAAUAAUGGUGCCAUUAAAAAUGCUUUUGAAAUAUGUGGUUCUUUAAUCGAUCAUAUAGUUGCUAUUUGUCAAUCCAAGGAAGAACAAUUAGAUUGGAUACAAAAAAUUAACAAGCAAUUAGGAAAUAACCGUAUUAUUAGUACAACAUCUAACAAAUCAAUGGAAAAAGGUAAUAGAAUACCUUGGGACGUGACAAGACUUAGAUCAGUUCCACCCCUCCAAUUUUAUCACAGCAUUAAUGAAAAAAUGAUUUGCGUUGCAAAAAAACCUGAAAGAACAUUUGAAGAUGAUGGAAAAGUCUUGAAAGUAUUUGAAGCUUUUUGUUCAAAUACAAAAUCCCGACAUGCCAGUUCAGGUGAUCAUACUAUGAUUUUAUGAUAGUAAAAUGUUAUUUUAUAUUGUGUUAUAAAUAGAUCAAAGAAGUUAAAAUAAUAGCUAAUUAUGAAUAUAUUAUGAUUUUUAUACUUAGAAUGUAUUUUAUAAGGCUGUGAAUAAUAUUUAU